GCUGGGGGUGGCCACCAGGGGGCGCUCUCCCCCUGCAGUCAGUGCCAACCCCAAGGCCUCACGGUGGCAAUUUUCUGGGCCAACCGGAGAUUUGCUGGAGCUGACGUUCCCUGGGUGCCAAGGGACGUUUUCCCUGGGCCAGCAAUGGCCAUUUUUCAGCUGGCCCCUCGUUUUCCUUCCUCGGUCUGCGUCUCUGGCACUGUUUAUUUCUCGCGCCCGUGGCUGGCGCUGGGCCCGCUGAACCCAGCAGGGGUGCGCCCGCCCCAGCAGGGCCACCUCACCCUGCCGUGCUUUCUCGCCUUUCUCCUUGGGGUCUUUUUUCCUAGUUCAUUCGUCCCUUCUCCCUCCCUCCCUCCCUCAUGUUUCAGGGGAGCCCCCUUCCUUCCUUUCCCAACCCCUCUGUCAAGCUGCCCGUCCCACCCGCCCCGUGGCUGGAAGAACCAGGUCGCUCUUUGCAGCUCAGACAGAAGCCAGGAGCAUGCGCCCCCCGCCAGGGGCCGGCCGGCUCAGCCCCACAUACCGACCUAGCAGGGUGCGUGGAAUGCGGACAGAGCAGACGGCACAGGCCAGACACACACACACACACGCCCGCCAGCCACGCACGCACCCGCCCCAGCCAGGGCGCCGCCAGCCGCCGACCCCACCAGACCCCGGGCAGCAGGGGGCACAAGGCCAGCGACAGGGCAAUCGGACUCCCCUCCCAGCCCUUCCGCCACAGCUUGGGGCUUGGAGAGUCGGACGAGAGGCGCACCGGCCAAAGCCAUGGACUGAUAGAUCUGUCUGGGGACAGACGGGUAGUCUGGGGACAGACAGACGGGGGAUCUGGAGGACGGACGACUGGCCAGACAGACUGCCGGCCGAGAGAAAUCUCCUCUCCUGCCGUCGGAUCCAGCCCUGUGUCCAGCCCCCCAGCCAUGGACCCCCCCUUCAACGUGUCGUCCCCCUCCAACGGCUCGCUGGUGGGUGGGCUGCCGGAGGCAGCGGGGCUGAGCCUGCUGGGGGCGGCCGGGGCGGCCGGGAACCUGUACACACUGGCGGUGGCGCGGGCCGGGGCCGUCCCCUCCCCGCUCCACGUCCACAUCGUCCACCUGGCGCUGGCCGACCUGCUGUACCUGGCCGGGGUGCCCUUCGUCGUGCACAAUGGGCUGGCGCGGGACUGGUGCUUCGGCGAGGCCGGCUGCCGGGCCCUGCUCAGCCUGGACCUGCUCACCAUGCACGCCAGCAUCUUCCUGCUCACCCUGCUGAGCACCGAGCGGUGCCGGGCCGUGCGGCGCCCCUUCCGGGCUGCCCGCCGCUCUCCCACCCGCCGCCAGGCCCUGGCUGGGGCCGCCUGGGCCUCCGCCUUCGCCCUGGCGCUGCCCAUGAUGCUGAUGGUGCGGCAGGAAGAGCGGGCGGCAGAUGACGGCCGGGUGCGGCGGCUCUGCGUGCCCACCUGGCACGAGGCCCAGUACAAAACCUACCUCACCGUGCUCUUUGGCACCAGCAUGGUGGGGCCCGGGCUGGCACUCGGGUACCUCUACGGGCGGCUGGCGUGGGCCUACUGGCUCUCGCAGACCCAGGGAGUGCUGGGCCCCCGGCGGGGGCCGAAGCAGAGGGUCUUCCUCCUCAUUUUCCUCAUCGUCGUGGCCUUCUGGGCCUGCUUCCUGCCCUUCUGGCUCUGGCAGCUGGUGCCUCUCUACAGCCCGGGCACGGCCGCCCGCUUGCCCGUGGCCACCGAGAUCUACAUCAACCACCUGGUCACCUGCCUGACCUACAGCAACAGCUGCAUCAACCCUUUCCUCUACACACUGCUGACCCGCAGCUACCGCGACUACCGGCGGGUGCAACGGGCUGGGCGCAGGGCGGCGUCGCGGGCACAGGACGCGGGGCGCUGAGCAGCCAACAGACCUCCACAGGAGCGGUGCCCCCCCUGUGGCAAGCCCUGGACAGGGCCUCACCUCACCCACUGCCCCAUGAGGACUAUGCAUCAGCCCCCAGUGACCCCUCGACCCCACGCAGCCGGGACCGGAGGAAAAAGGAAUAGGCCCGGCAAGAAACAAGGCGCCAGGACUCCUGGGUUCUCCGCAGCCCUCUGCGCUGGGAGGGAGGGUGGGGGCAGGGA